AAACAAGACAUUCUUCUCAGCGUUGCCGAUUGUCCAUGUCUGUCCGUGUUGCAACAAGUGGAAAUGGACUCGGAGCGAUCUUUACAAUUUGAGCGCGAACAUGCAAAAAUGUUUGAACUGCUGGGCAAUAAAACAGGUAAACGUGUGGAUCGGAACAACGUGUGGGAAUAUUUUGAUGUGGUCACUUGCAUGCGCGCGCAUAACUAUUCACUGCCCGACUGGUACACCGAUGCGCUCUAUCGAGAAAUGUCCGAAGUCGCACGCUUCUACUGGGUCCAACGGUUUGCCUCCACCAGUGCAAUCGUCCGACUGGAAAUCGGAGUGUUCUUGAAAGUUCUCAGGGACCACUUACUGACCAUUGUGAACGGUUCGAAGACCUUGCUACAACGCACAUUUCAAGUGUCCAUACAACAUUUGAUGGCCUACUCGGCUCACGAUACUGAUGUCUGUUAUCUGUUGGCCGCUUUUGGUGUCUAUGAUCAACAGAGUAUCCCGUACUCGGCGGCUGUUGUGAUUGAAUUGCUUGGCCCAGAACCACCAGCUCCUCGCAGCGAGUAUCGUUUACGUCUUGUGUACAAAAAAGGUUACCUGGAUAAUGAGGGAACCUAUUUACAGUUCGGCGCUUGCACUGAACAGCCGGCCGACCGCGGUUGUCCACUGGAUGAUGUCCUCAACUAUCUGGCCCCGUUGCUACUGGAUCCUGAUCAGUUCUUUUCCGAAUGUCAAGUAGAACAGCGACCGUAUGUGCCUGAUCCGUUAAAGUUCCUGCGAUCUCCCACGCCGUUUUCCUGUGUCUCUUCACAACGCACAACAUAUACGGUUUAUGUCGCGGUAGCCUGUAUCCUCCUGUUCCUCCUCUGUUUAGUUGGCGUGACUGUGGGUCUGUGCAUUAAACGCACUUCGACUACGGAGAUCCUACGACGUGAGAUUGGUGUUUUUCUGCACUCCUUUGUUCAACAUAUGAAUGCGAUUGUUCACGCCUCGGUUGAUGGGACUCCUGAGAUUAAUAGAACCAAUUUUUCCACUUCGCCUACAAUGGCUUACUCAGCUCACGAUACCACUGUGACCUCUCUUCUCUCCGGGCUCGGACUGUAUGAUAAUCAGACCAUCGAAUAUUCCGCGGCUGUCGUGUUGGAAUUGCUCAGCCCGGAUAAAGUGACUUCCGCAUCUGACCACGUGCUUCGCGUCCUGUACAAACGUAGUUGGCACGAUGAGACUGGGACCUACUUGCAGUUUCCCUCGUGUCCGGGACGACCAGCCGCAGACGGUUGUCCACUGACCAGGGUACUGGAACAAAUUCGACCGUUGCUUGUCCCACCGGAUCAGUUCACACAAAUCUGCUCGGUGGAAUCGGCGAACAGUUCACAUGUAGGUUUCACACUACGAUACAGUCCGUUUCGUACAUUUGCCCUAAUCUCGUUCACCUUGUGUGCCACAUUCGUGGUGGUCUCCCUGGUCGUGUUCCUUAUCCGCAAAUGUCGACGUCAGAAACGUAUGCUUCAAGACGACGAACAGGUCGUGUUUGUACGUUUCGAUCAUCAGUCGUGA